GUUCUCCGAUGCGAAACUGGCAUCUUCACGCGGGCAGUCGCACCCCUCCUCCCAGCCACCAUUCACUCUACGACCCUGCGACCUCUCCCUUUCCUUUCACCCAUCUUCGCUUCUCACGUCCACCCAGGGCGUCGCCCACUUCGCUCCAGCAUCUAUCCUUCUGCGGCCUUCGCCGCCCUUAUUUCGAUUCAUUUCGCGCUUGCCGCAAGCGGCCGGCUGUCUCUGCAAGCAUCCGAUUCAGGGAACUUGUUUCAUACGUAACCCUUCCAAGGAUCCCAGACAUUAGUACUUCACCCUCGACAUCUUACUUGAAUCGCCGCGGUACGCACUGUUGCUUCUGCACGCCUCGAUCCCGCACACCUCAAACCCGCCCACCUCCUGCACAAUGGAGGACUCUCCUGCCAGCUCCGACUCCAUGCCCAACCACCAGCUCGCAACCCACGACGACAUACCAGAGGAGUCUGACAUGAUUCUUUCAGACGACGCCGCAAACGGCCCUCAGACAUGGGAACCACCUCCCAGGAUUGCUGCCCGCUUUCAUCGCCCUUCCACCACCCGUCGAAAGUCCUCUGCCGCUUCCUCGCGCCGCAAUUCGCUAUCCUCCACCCACUCUCACCAGUCUACCCGAUCCUUCCGCACCAGCUGCCACAGCCACCAUGUCGCCCAACACUUGAGACGCGCGUCCAUUCUUGAGAGCCGAAAAGCACGUCUAGCAGAGCGUGCAGCCCAUGCGGAACAGGUUCGUUUGCGAGCUGCCGAAGCAAAGGCGGCCUCACGCACCUCGAACAGCGAAGAGAGAGCACUGGCGGCCAAACAGGCGCGCGAAAGACACCUAGCGCAAGUUGCAGCUGCUUGCGCCGAGGAAGUCAGGAGAGCAAAAAAAGUGGCCGAGGACAUGAAAGAGCGGAAAGCCGCGGAAGAGCGCCGUUACAGAUUGGAAAUGGAAGAGAAGCUCGCAGAGGCUGAGAGGAGGCGGGCGGAAUACAAGCGCAAUACGCGCAGGCCGCGUACUGCCAGUUCGCCCUCGAGUGACACCAAGAAGGCCCUGCCUUCUUCCGCCUUGUCCGAAGAGACUGCCGCUAGUAGGAUACAGGCAGCAUGGAGGGCAAGGGCACGAAGGAAAAUUGUAGAAGCGUGGACAGAUUUAGGCUUGUCCAUUGACAAGAUUCAGGAUACGAGUUUCGAGGAUAUCUCGAGACUGCUUCAAGAGGAAAACUCUCUUCGGUCAACGGAGAAGGUUAUGGGCCUAUUCUACCUGCUUCCAGAGGACCUCCCGUCUCGUGGAACAGCUAUCCGGACUUUCCUCUCAGCAUUUCUCAUCCUGGGACACCCUGCGCACAUCUUCACCCGCGAUGGCGAUCAGGAGCAGGACCUCAUUACCAAAGCCAAAGAUCUGAUCAUCUCUUUCGAAUCUGCACUGUCUAAGCUUACUCCCCGCAAUUCUUACCUGCCCUCGCCUACCUGGCUCGAGACGGUCUCCAUGUCAUUCGCGUCGUACCUGUCAGCCUUCAAAGACUGGAAAACGCAGGACUCAACAGCGCUUGUUGAGACGAUGAUAGCCUCUUUUGUGAGCCUCGAUGCCAUCUGGCAGAAUAUCAAGGAUGACACGGUGGACGAAGUUGCGAACGAGUAUAGGAACGGUAUCCGGGACAACCAGGCUAUACUUCUGAGCAAAAUCAAGAAGUUGGCAGGCCCGGAGCGGGCCUUGACACUAAUCAGAAAGGCGAUACGCGAGAGCCGCAGGGCGAGGCCGAAGAAGAAGCCUGCUGGAGAGACAGCACGCCCUAGAGUAGCCAUUGAGUCCUCUGCGGCCGGUACGCCUAUUUCUGAGGGAGAUGCGGCUCUGCAGAGUGAGGCUGCUUCUCAACUUACUCCUCCCACCGGCUUGCCCUCGGCCCAGAGCUAUCAAGCGAACUCGCUGUCGAAAGUCUUCACCGUGGUUCCUGAUAAUCGUAUUUUGGUGCAUGAGCUAUGCAUCGACAAGGAAUAUCGCAUCGAUCCAUCGCCUAGCGCGGACUUGCGAGACGCCUUGAACAGGGAGCUCUGUAAUGCCAUGCGACGGGGUUUUGAGAACGGCGAGAGCGCCAUGUGGACGGUCGCCAUGGCCGAUAACAUCCGAGCCAAACUGCUUCGCCUGUUGAAGCCUGGGAAUUCGAUGCACACAUUGAUCUCUGAGACUCUGGAUCCCGACUUGAUCAGCAGGCAAUGCAGCCAGGGCGUGUUUUCAUAUCAGAAGUUCUUCAGCUUCAUGGCAAAUAUACUGCCGAAGCUGUGCGCUCCCUUCCGCGACGCCGAAGUGAAGGCACUAGCAGACGAGCUUGAGACCGAGGGGACUCUGCCUGAGAUGAUCGAAAAGCUCUUCAAACUCCAGCAUGUCAUCGAUCUUCUCUCUCUGGAUUACUCCAACUACCUCCUUACGAAAGCGGCACCGACAUUGAUCAAGGAGGGCCCAGGCUACGAGCAACGGGAGUUCGCUAAGAGGUUGGUCGCCGGCGAAGUCACGCUGAAGCGGACUCGGCGAUGGUGGCGUAGCGCUGCUGUAAACAUGCACACCGAGGCUGACCGCCGCGACCCUUGGAAUGAAUCCAACCCGGUCAAUCGCCCCACCCCUCAGAAGAUAUAUGCUCGCGGCCUUGUGGACCUUGCAAUUGCGACCCCACCAUUGAGAGACUCCGAGUUGCCUGAGACGCUCGAGCUUGACCGAGAACGAAUUUCGCGUAUUCGUAACGACGCCCUCCGCAUUACCACAAUUGGAGGCAUACUGCUCACGGCGAAGAAUCUGCUGAAACGGGACGUCCGCUCGCAGUGGAAGGUAGAGGCCAAUAGAAUGUGGGACGCGCUUAAAGAUGGCUAUCUGAAGGAUCCGGCAACCCCUUCAAAGGUCCUCUCAAUAUUGGAAUCAUCCCACCCUAUGCCACCUUCCACGCGCUCUCAGCUGCAGUCGACCAUCACUCGCCUGCUGACCCAGGCUGAGGCGGGCAAAGUCUCGGACCCUGUUACCAAGGUUCUCUUCCAGCGACUCAAGACCAAUAUCUUCAACCGCGUCUCGGCAAGCAGUUCUGGUGAGCGCGUUCGGGCGGCGAGUACCGCCACAGAGGGCCUUGCGACGACCGGACUUCCGGAGUUUGUCAACCAUGUCAGCGAUAUCGUCGAUCUGCUUGGUCGGAUCAGUGUGACUGACAGGAGCGCCCAUGCUAAGUGGUAUGAAGAGAUCGCAGAGGAGAUGGACAGAUUAGGCGCGGAUGGCGAGGAUCUAAGUAGGACACCCAGCGCGGAGUCGGCGGCGACGCCUGAUGGUGGAGGUUCGUCGGAGUGAUGGAGUGGUCUCUCAUUCCGUUAUUGCGUUUUUGCAUAGAUGAUAUUCUUUCCUCGUGUUUGGGUCUUUCUUUUCCUGAUCAUUGCAUUUGGCAUUCAUCCGUAUCUGGGACUUUUGGUUAUAUAUCCACGAAGGUGUUAUGAGACAUGGGCGGGUAGGUUCGGUUUUCUGCGUUCCGCUUUUGUUUUCACGGCGUGUAGCAUGCACAUGUGAUCCUUACCGUUGUUAUGAUUAGAGCGCACAAUAAUGAGAAGGGUCGAAUACUGUCUCUACGGAGUUCUGCUCAGGUAUAUGGUCUGCGCUAGUGUGGCAAAUUCCACAUGAUUAUGAUUUAUAA